AUGAAGAGCUUCACCAUCGCCUCCAUCAUCGCUCUGGCCUCUGUUGCCUCAGCCCAGCUUGACAACAUCCCGUCAUGCGCUCUUAACUGCUUCAUCGGUCCAUUGACCAGCGACGGCUGCUCUGCUCUCACCGACUUCAAGUGUCACUGCCAAAAGGGUGGCCAGCUCCUUUCUCAGGUCCAGCCCUGCGUUGAGAAGGCUUGCAACCCUUCUGACCAGGCAGCCGCCAUCUCCGCUGUCGAGUCUACUUGCAAGGCCGCUGGUGUGCCCAUCACCAUUCCCAACGCCAGCGGUGCUGCCUCUGCUGCCAGCUCUGCUGCUGCCACCGUGACCUCCGCCGUCGCCUCAGCUGCAUCUUCUGCCGCCUCAGCUGCCUCUUCUCAAGCCUCCGCGGCUUCUUCGGUCCUCUCAGUUGUCUCUUCGGCCGUUGCCUCCGCCGCUUCUUCCGCCUCCGCCUCUGCAUCCAUGUCAUCUCAAUCCACUGCUUCCCACUCCGCCAGUGCUAGCGCUUCUGCUUCGGCCUCCCAGUUCACUGGUGGUGCUCCUCAGGCCACCCAGGCUGCUGGUAUCCUCGGUGCUGCCGCCCUCGCCAUGCUCGUCUUGUAA